UGGUCGUGGUGGUGGGGGGGGGUGUAAGAGAAGAAGAAGAAUUAAGGCAUUGCAUUCAGUGAGAGCGGACAGACCGAGUUAGUUGUAGACUCACGCCAGCAAACACGCUGACAGACAGGCGGACAUUGCAAGGCAGACGCAAGGCACGGGACACGCGGACACACGGGGCAGAUAUCACGGGAGUGAGAUUAGAGGCACGCAGACUCACGGGGCAGAUAUUGCACGCAGUGUCGGGGGCUUGACUCCGGGACUCGCAGUGGGUCACGCUCAUACGUAGACAGAGCGGGGUAGUUGUAUGGACACCACACGUGGUGACAAGCGGACACGGUGACACACACCCAGAGCGAGUUGUGCACAGACAGACAGUAAUAGAGUAACACACACUAAGGCAUGGAGAUGGACCCACACACGAAAUAACACUGGGCAAAGGGACACAGGCUUCACUGUCGCACGCACACACACACACAUUGUGUAACGCACUGAUAUACUGUUGAGUAAUACACACUCUUAACAGCCGAAACAUAGACACUAAUAUACAAGACACAUACGCAUUAAUAUAGAGACACAAACUCACACGGGCAUAAACGCUUCAACAUGCACGCUAAUACACACUGAUGUACGUACUACAUCCUUAAUACUCGGACAUACACACGAACACGUAAUAAAGAUAGGGCAACAUCCACACUGGAACACACAGACACACGCACUGACAUACAGAAACACCCUCCUCACACAGCCAUACACACUUAAUAUAUACACAGACUAAUAUAAUACAAAUAUUACACAUUGUUUAACAACAGUGAUAUACACAGCCGUUCCAGCGGCGUGAGUUAACAAGCGGCGAAAUGCAUAUCAAAGGAAUGGAUAUCACCGGGCCUCCACAAGUCGAUGCCGCUCCACAUGGUCUUGCGAUGCCAUAACCCACCAUGCUGACGAGCUGAUCCCCUCACUCCGUCUCCGCAGGUGACAUCCCCUCAGUGUAUUUUCAGUAAUCUGGCCAUGAGUUUCUUCAAUACGGGACGCCAGCGAUUAGCGAACACCGUGCCAUCUCCAGGUUGGCUCAGCCGUGACAGUGGGAGAGACAUAAAACCGUUUACCAAGCCAAACGGUCUCAGUCUCAACUGAACCUAUCCCCGCUUUCAACCUCGACGCUGCCAGCUCAGGAAGAAGUCUGAAGAGGAGGAGGGAGAGGAGGGAGAGGAGGAGUAAAACAAAACGAGGCUAUGAUGGCUUCUUGCCCAGAGCCGCCCCUUGACUCUACGACCUGCGGGGGGUCACGUGACUCCACUUCUUCUCGUAGCGACGGCUCCCCAAUGCAGCAGCAGCCGUCGCACUUUCCGGCCGUACGCGGAAACAGGAUGGCGGAUCAAGCUGCCGGGUCCCAGAAUUCAUCAGGAGGGUCCGGUUCUGGGCGGCGCAAGCGCGAGUUCACCCCGUCGGAGAAGAAGGAUGCGUCGUACUGGGACAAGCGCAGGAAGAACAACGAGGCGGCCAAGCGGUCGCGCGAGAAGCGGAGACUCAACGACCUCGUGCUGGAGACGCGCGUGCUCGGCCUCCUCGACGAGAACGCACGGCUCAAGGCCGAGCUCCUCGCGCUCAAGUUCCGCUUCGGCCUCGACGUGGAGCCUCAGCCCAACGGCGCCGACCUCCACGCCAAUGGCAACGGCAGCGGCGGUAGCAACAACAGCAGCAGCAACCACCACCACCAGCACCACAACCACCACCUCAGUCAGCACCAGCACAACCAGCAGCAACACCAGCACCACCAGCAGCUGAAUCACCACCAUCAGCACCACCACAGCGGCAGCGGCAGCAGCAGCAGCAGCAACAGCAGCAGCGGCAGCCAUCACCACUACCAGCACCAUCACCAGCAGCACCACCACCAGCAGCCGCCGCUCUCCGCUCACCACACGCUCUUCGUGGAGUCCCUGGGGGGUGGCCGGGCCUACGGGAACCGCCACGACUCGUCGGGCUGCGCGUCGCCCGCUAGCGGCUCCGGCUCGGUGAGCCCCGUCUUCUUCCCAGAGUCCGCUUCCAGGGCCGCAACGGCCGCGGCCCCUUCCGCGGCCGCGGCCGGAUCUGGGGACCGGUGCUCCGGCCCGGCCGACGCCACUGCGGUACUUUUGGACUCGAAGUCCGCGGUGGCGGCGCGAGACGCCGAUUCGACGGCGGCGGCGAAUUCCGCGUCGUCGUCGACCUCGUCGUUGUCGUCCACGACGUCGACCUCGUCUUCGUCGUCCUCGCUGUGCGCGCCCGGGUCGCGCCGUCACGGCGACGGAGUAGAAAGCGCGGAGGAGCCGCCGCCCAAGAGGGCGAACACGGUACCGGCAGCGGCAGGCAGCGCGUCGGAACGCCACGCGCUGCGCUUGGCGGCCACGAUAGUGACGCCGGCCCUCGCGGACGAGACGCCCCUCAAGUCGCCCUCGCCGUCCCCCUCCUCGUGCCUCCCGCACAAGUUACGCUUCAAACAGAGCGCCGGCAUUGAGGACGCCGCCGCCAUGGCCGCUGCCCCCACCUCCUUCUUCCCUUCCUCCUCAGGGCCCGGCGUCGUGGCCCUGACCGUGCCUCCGCCUCCGCCUCCUCCUCCGCCCAGGCCCGGCUCCAACCCGGGCCCUGGCUACUCGGGGGUGCUGAGGCGAGCGCCACCCGACCGCCACCCCAGCGUGGGCGUGGUGUCGCCCACGUGGCGCAGAAUGGAUGGCCUUCCGCUGCCCUUGUCUGCUGCCGUCACGGCCGCCACCAUCGUCGCCACCGUCGCCACCGUCGCCAACCCUGCAACCGCAGAACAGGGGUCGCCCCCCAAAACCACACAGGAGGGAGAUGGGACCCUGCGGGUGGCCUGCGACACGGGAGACAUUGCUGACAUUAGCAGCAGCAGCAGCACUAGCGGCGGCGGCAGCGGCACCGUUGCUGUCGCUGCAGCGCCAGCAGCUGGCGGUGGUGCCGCACACGGUGUGAACGGGGACGACGGCAGGGAAGGCACGGGUGGCGGCGAGGGGGGCUCAGGCCCCUCCGAGGGUGCGGACCCCGGCCCGGGGGGAUCCGGCACCCCGGAGGGUGCAGAGGGGGGGGGCAGCCCCCCGAGCGAUGACAAUGGCGCCGCGGUGAGGGCCGAGAACGAGCACCUGCGCACGGAGCUUUCGAGCCUUUCGGCCGAAGUCGCGAAGCUCAAGAGGCUCUUUGCUGAGGGCUUCCUGGGCAAGGGUUCAGCGACGGCCGGGGGCGUGGGCGCGGUCACCGGAGUUUGAGACGUGCGGCGGGCAACUAAUGGGGCGACUCCCGAGAGGGGGCGACAGAUAGACGCACGGACGGAGAGAGAGAGAGAGAGACGGACGAACUAAUAAGAGGCGGACUAAAAAAAAUGUGUUUGCACGUAUUGUUGUGUGAACUGUGCACUAAAAGGUGUAUGUGCACAUAGACAUUUCUGUGCACAUACAUAUGUAUACAGGUGGGUACACGAUAGAAACAGGACAUUUCUACAUACGCACAAAGGCAUACGCACACGGAGAGGUACAGAACAUGUAUGCAUGCAGACACGUACAGAUAUGCAGACAGCCAAGCACAGAUACAGUAUACACACGUAGUAAGGAUGAGUUUUAGGUUCAAAAUAAUUUGGAUCUUAAAGGAUGUCUGUGGUAGCUUUGGCGAUGUCACCCAAUGCCACGUGUGACACCACUUUUGCCAAGAAAAGCACGGACGUGACGUUACAUGAGCGACGUCACUUCCGAUUUUAGCCUCAAUACGAAAAAACAUUAAAUUCAGAUCGUCAAAAAUGUCACAUACAGGCCUGGUUCUUUUUUCUAAAUUAAUCCAAAAAUCGGUAGCACAUCCCUAGCUUGCAGGUGUGUGAAGAGUUUAUAACGCACAGAAGCGUGUACUUGUAUGCAGACAAUUAUGAACAUGUACAUAUUAUGUAUACACUACACAAGGAACAUUGACAGGGACAAACAUACACAUCACAAUAAUGUUGAGGCCUUGGACACGCAUUAAGAGAGGCUUCAAACACUCUUACCCAGUAGCAACGUUGGGCCAACGUUGGCACGUGGUUGGAAUCGCUGGACCAACGUUGGCCUGGAUGUUGACCCAAUGUUCCGUGUUUACUGGGUAGCUGGUAGCUCUGCAGCCUUCCUCAAGGUGAAUGUGGUCAGCAAGCACGUGAGUGGUGUGGCCGCCGUCUCGCUGACAAACCAGUUCUCACCGCAUUACACAGCCAGCCCGGGUACAGGGGAGGCCCACCUGUCACGAAUGAGGCAACAUUCUUUAUUUAACAGCAGCUAUGUUAAUUUUAAAACAUGAACGAUGAUUUUUAAACAGCUAAAAGCACUUCAGAGCAACUUGUUUUUUUGUUAUUGCUGAUGUCAUUACAUUCAAACAAAAACAAUCAUACCGAUAAAUUAUUUCUCGGACAUGUUUUCCACGUGGGGUGUGGAGUGGUGGCACAAUGGUUAGCGCAUGCCCGCAAUAGGAACCCAAUGACUUGACCUUAGGUUCCCGGUCCCGGCUCAACAACAAGUGCCGAGUGAUAUUGGAACCGGUCACGGAUUCCUGCCCCUCCCACUCCACCAACCUGCACUGACCCGCAAGAGCAAACAACGGUCAAACAAUCCCCAUGACCGACAUGGCAUGGAAAAGGGCGGCAUAUGAAAUGAAUAAAUGAUUUGUAAAUGUGGCGUUUGAAGGCUGCAACAGCUAACCGUAAGCCAGUGACUGUAACACGUGGAGUGAACUAGUUUUGGCAAAUCUGUGUAUUGCACCGAGUCUCCUCUUAACAUAAACAUGUUGAGUGAGUUGUGCCCGUAAAUACAGCUUAUACACAAACGUGUACAUAACCACACAUUAAACUGUGUACGUACAUACCAUACAGUAUACAGACCUAUGUCCAUGGACAUAUACACCCAUAUGCACCGACACAUACUCAUGCAGACAUGUAACACGAAAUGCACAUUCACUGCAUACAUGAACCAGAAUUGUACACAACACAUACGCACGAGUACAUAAUACAUACACACGUGGAUAUAUCCACCAAUACGCACACAUGCAAAUCACAAUGUGCACAUGAACACAUACAUACUUGGUACAUGUACAUCCACGUGUGUACACACAUGCACAGCUUCAUACAAAGCACACUUUACCACAUUUCACAGCACACGCAUAACGAGGAAACGUGAUGAAUUAUGAAUUUAUUGUUAAUAUUGAAAAUUACAAUUACAUUUUAAAACAAUGACCCAAUUA